CAGUUUAUAUCAAAAUAUAGUGGUCAGACUGUGACUGGAUUGGUUAACUCCUCUUUCAACUUCAGUUGGAAUUUUUCUGGUGAUGUUAGACGAAUUUCAUGGGGAGUAUGGGAUAAAACAAACAAAUAUUUUGUGACAAUACUUCUGGAGGUAACAAAAUCGGCCACAGUACAAGUUUCAAGCUCAUCAACAUACUAUGGACGAGUAGUUGGAAGUCGCAAAGGCAAUUCCUCUUAUAGUCAGGUCAUCUUCACCCUUCAUUCUAUCACAACAAAAGAUGAAACAAUCUAUGGCUGUGUGUUAUAUCCCAGAAAUCUUGAUUUGAUGGCAAAAUAUGAUACUGUGAACUUCGCUGUUAAAGGUGGGUAG